CUGCUCACAGUCGCAAUGUCAAACGCUUCGAAGGCAGCCGAGCUGCAGCUGGACAAUGUGUCCGCUGCCACAGCCACACUGGAACAAUUGGAAUUCCAGGAAGAGCUUCCAGUGAAGCCGCAGUUGCGUUUCUAUAGCGUUGGCCCUAGCACCUAUCGCGUGCUCUGUCCGCUCUGCCAUCAUCGGUCGCGCUCCGAGACAGUGCAAAUGGCUGGAGCUUUGGGUCAGCUGAGUUGCCUGCUAUCCGCCCUAUCCUGCUGCUUUCCCAUCUUUGCGCUGAGCUGCGUCUAUACCUGCCUGCAGAGCCGCCUGAAGAGCAAGCGUGUCUUUUGCAGCAGCUGCGGCGGACAUCUGGGCUUCCACUGGCGUCCCAUUUAGUUAUAAUUUAUUAAGUUUUCGCCACAUUUUUUGCAAAUGUUCUAUAAAUAAUAAUAAAGAAUAA